UGACAGCUCGGUGUGACUGCGCAUAAUGAGUCAUUUAAUGCCUUUUUGUAAUUUGCGAGAUGAAGGGCAAAACUUUAUGAAGUUAUUGAGAUCAAAAUAAAACCCCUCUGUCUAUCAUAUUGGCUGUGUUUACAAGACAGAAGCUGAUCAACUGACCUGUAGAGUAAGAUCAUGUGACAGAAUGGAGGCGUCGCUGAAAACAUUCACCCGUUCACCACAUACACACACCAGCAGGAACCCAUUUCACAAACGGCCAAGGCGACAGUUUUCAGCUAUCAACUCAGUGGACGACGUUUAUUUACCCACACCGCAAUGAAAUGAGGGGAGCAUGGGGGCCAAAGAGUCGAGGAUAGGAUUCCUGUCGUAUGACGAGGCCGUUAAGAGAGUCACUGAUGUGGAAUUGAAGCGGCUGAAAGAUGCCUUCAAGAGAACCAGCGGCCUCACCUAUUACAUGACCCAGCAAUGCUUUUACAGAGAAGUGCUGGGAGAUGGAGUUCCCCAUAAAGUUGCAGAGGUGAUCUACACCUCAUUUGGAGGCUCAUCUAAAGGGCUGCACUUCAAUAAUCUGAUUGUGGGUCUGGUGCUUCUGACCAGAGGACGGGAUGAGGAGAAGGCCAAGUACCUCUUCAGCCUGUUUGCCAGUGAUCUGGGUGGAUAUGCUGCUCGGGAAGAUAUAGAAGCAGUUCUGCAGGUCUUGGAUGGAGAAGUUCCUGCUUCCGUCAAAAAGUGCUUCAGUGAGGGUGACAAGGUGAAUUAUGAGCGCUUCAGGAACUGGCUCUUACAGAACAAGGAAGCCUUCACUUUAUCCAGAUGGCUUCUGUCUGGAGGAGUGUGUGUCACACUCACAGAUGACAGCGACACACCCACCUUCUACCAGACCCUGGCUGGUGUCACACACUUGGAGGAGUCAGACAUAAUUGACUUGGAGAAGCGCUACUGGCUUCUGAAAGCCCAGUCCAGAACUGGCCGCUUUGACUUGGAAACCUUUGUCCCGCUGGUCUCUCCUCCUAUCCAUGCCUCACUGAGUGAAGGUUUGUUUCACGCCUUCGAUGAGAAUAGGGACAAUCACAUCGACUUCAAAGAGAUCUCUUGUGGACUCUCUGCGUGCUGUAGGGGGCCCAUUGCUGAAAGACAAAAAUUUUGCUUCAAAGUGUUUGAUCUGGACCGUGACGGAGUUCUGUCUCGAGAUGAACUCCAUGAAAUGGUGGUGGCCUUGCUAGAGGUGUGGAAGGACAAUCGCACAGACACACUCUCUGAGCUGCACAGUAGCGUGUCAGACAUAGUAGAGGACAUCCUGACAAUGCAUGACACAACAAAGCUGGGUCACCUGACCCUGGAAGACUACCAGAUCUGGAGUGUGAAGAGUUCUUUAGCCAAUGAGUUCUUAAACCUGCUUUUCCAGGUCUGCCACAUAGUCCUCGGCCUGAGACCUGGUACUCCUGACGAGGAGGGACAAAUCAUCAGGGGUUGGUUAGAAAGGGAGAGCAGACAUGGGCUGCAGCAGGGUCAGAACUGGUUCCUCAUCUCCAUGCUGUGGUGGCAGCAGUGGAAGGACUACGUUAAAUAUGAGCAUAAGGGCAUCGUGGUGGAGCAGCCGUCCAUCCUGAGCUCAUUGAGAACUCCGAUGGCCACAGCCACUAUAGAGCCCACCCCACCAGACAGACUGGGAGGACUGGGAACCUUCAGCCCAGUCAGCCCCACUGAGGAGAGGUCACCUGAUGCUGUGUCCAGCGCCUCGGAGGCCACAGAGACUGCAGCCCUGAGCCCCCAGGUAGCUCCCUCUGCUACAGAGAGCUGUUUUGCCCGUCAGCACAACAUAUCGGACAACAACAAUCAGUGUUUUUCUGGAGCCAAUGGCCAACUCCCCUCCCAGCUGGCAGCACAAAGACCUGGAGCCAUUGACAACCAGCCUCUGGUCAAUACGGACCCCAUGAAGGCUCCUACGUUAACCAUGGAGGGUGGUAGGCUGAAGCGUUCCUUGCAGCUGGUGCCUGGCAGAGACUUUGAGACGGUGCCAGAGCCGGUGUGGCGGGCACUCUACCACUGGUACGGUGCCAACCUCAGCCUGCCGCGACCAGUUAUCCUGGAAAGCAAGACAGACCAAGCAGAGCUGGAGCUCUUCCCCUGCUACCUCCUCUUCCUACGCCAGCAGCCAGCCACGCGCUCCCCCCAGUCCAACAUCUGGGUCAAUAUGGGUAUGACCAGCCUGCGAAUGUUCCCACCAUAUUUCCCCCCACCAAGAGCAGGUAAUGUGCCAUCCCCCAAUGCUCCUCUUAAGAGAGUGUUGGCCUACACCGGCUGCUUCAGCCGCAUGGCCACCAUCAAGGACAUCCACCUCUACCUGUCCCAGAGACUCCGCAUCAAAGGGGAGGACAUGAGACUCUGGCUCUACAACAGUGAGAACUACCUAACCCUCCUGGAUGACGAAGAUCACACACUGGAAAGUCUAAAGAUCCAUGAUGAGCAGCAGCUAGUUAUUGAAGUCAGGAACAAAGACAUGAGCUGGCCAGAGGAAAUGUCUUUCAUUGCCAACAGUAGUAAGAUGGACAGGCACAAAGUUCCCACAGAGAAAGGAGCUACUGGCCUCAGUAACCUUGGCAACACCUGCUUCAUGAACUCCAGUAUCCAGUGUGUGAGCAACACCAAGCCUCUCACAGACUACUUCAUUUCAGGGAGACACCUCUAUGAGCUCAACAGAACCAACCCCAUCGGGAUGCGAGGUCACAUGGCCAAGUGUUACGGUGACCUGGUGAUGGAGCUAUGGAGUGGAACGCAGAAGAAUGUAGCUCCACUCAAACUCAGGUGGACAAUAGCAAAAUAUGCCCCACGCUUUAAUGGCUUCCAGCAGCAGGACUCCCAGGAGCUGCUUGCCUUCCUGCUGGAUGGUCUCCAUGAAGAUCUCAACAGAGUCCAUGAGAAACCCUACGUGGAGCUAAAGGACAGCGAUGGCCGGCCUGACUGGGAGGUAGCCUCUGAGGCAUGGGAGAACCACCUGCGCAGGAACCGCUCCAUUGUGGUGGAUCUAUUCCACGGUCAGCUCAAAUCCCAGGUGAAGUGUAAGACCUGUGGACACAUCAGCGCUCGCUUCGACCCCUUUAACUUCCUGUCUCUGCCCCUGCCCAUGGACAGCUCCAUGCAUCUGGAGAUCACUGUCAUUAAACUGGAUGGCUCUACACCUGUGCGUUAUGGCCUGCGGUUAAAUAUGGAUGAAAAGUACACAGGGCUCAAGAAACAGCUGAGUGAACUGUGCAGUCUGAGGCCUGAGCAGAUCCUGCUGGCUGAGGUCCACACCUCCAACAUCAAGAACUUUCCUCAGGACAACCAGAAGGUUCGUCUGUCUGUUAACGGCUUCCUGUGUGCAUUUGAGAUCCCAGUGCCAGGUUCACCAAUGUCACUGAGCUCACCCACACUGACAGACAUCACUCCAAUAGCCAACAACUUGGCUUCCAAUGGAAACAUGGGCAAUAAGCCCAUCCUCAUCCCCAAUGGUGGGCCCAGCACCAUGGUGCCCUGUAACCCAGAGAUGCUCCUGGCCAAUGGAGUUGCCAACGGACACAUUACACCAGUGCAGGAGAGCCCCUUCAUUGGAUACAUCAUUGCCAUGCACAGAAAGAUGAUGCGUACAGAACUGUACUUCCUGUCAUCUCAGAAGAACCGACCCAGUCUGUUCGGCAUGCCACUCAUAGUUCCCUGCACUGUCCACACCAGUAAGAAGGAUCUGUAUGAUGCCGUCUGGAUCCAAGUGUCCAGACUGGCCAGCCCACUGCCCCCACAGGAAGCCAGCAACCAUGCCCAGGACUGUGAUGACAGCAUGGGCUACCAGUACCCCUUUACUUUACGGGUUGUGGGAAAGGAUGGCAACUCCUGUGCCUGGUGUCCCUGGUACAGGUUCUGUCGAGGCUGUACAGUAGAGUGUACAGAGGACAGAGCCUCUGUAGGAAAUGCUUAUAUAGCUGUGGACUGGGACCCCACGGCCCUGCAUCUCCGCUACCAGACCUCCCAAGAGAGGAUUGUUGAGGAGCACUGCAGUGUGGAGCAGUCCCGUCAAGCCCAAGCUGAGCCCAUCAGCUUGGACAGCUGUUUAAAGGCCUUCACCAGUGAGGAAGAGCUGGGUGAGGAUGAGCUCUACUACUGCUCCAAGUGCAAGACGCACCGGCUGGCCACUAAGAAGCUGGACCUCUGGAGGCUGCCACCCAUGCUGAUUGUCCACCUGAAGCGCUUUCAAUUUGUAAACGGUCGUUGGAUCAAAUCCCAGAAGAUUGUCAAGUUCCCAAGGGAGAAUUUUGACCCCAGCGCCUUCCUGGCUCCCAGAGACCUGGAGCAGCACUGCCUUCACUCUCGCAGCGAGAGCGAGGAUCUACUUAGGCUCGGAGAAGACAACCUGUCCUCCAUCUCUGCCCCCGCUGGCUUUUUCAACCUCCCAAAAGCCUCCCCUGCCUCUAGCAGGAAGUCAGCACCCUCUCUCAGUCGGACCAGCAGCCCCUCUGGCAGCCCAAAGACCAGCAGUGGAGGCCGCAGGUCAGGCCGGCUACGCCUGCCCCAGCUGGGCAGCAGACACCGUCUCUCUAACAGCAAGGAAAACCUGGAUGGAGCUGCUAAUCCUGAAACUGAGCUACGGGAGGGCGCACCACAGACAGACAAAGAGGGGAGCACAACAGGGGCUGCAAUAUCAGGCCUUCCUGGAUCCGGAGAGGCAAUCACGUCAGAGUCAUCGUGCAGUACUGAGGCAUCCAGUAGCCACUGUGACGUGGUCCUGGUGAACGGUGACAGCAACGGGCUGAGCUCAGACUGCAGCACAGAGAGCACCAUGGACCCUGACAACUUGCUGCUCCAGCACAGAGACAAUAUGUGUCUGGACGCCAUCUACAACCUCUAUGCAAUAUCAUGCCAUUCAGGAAUCAUGGGAGGAGGCCACUAUGUGACGUAUGCCAAAAACCCUAAUGAGAAAUGGUACUGUUACAAUGACAGCAGCUGUAAGGAAGUGCACUCAGAGGAGAUCGACACUGACUCAGCCUACAUCCUCUUCUACGAACAACAGGGAGUCGACUACUCCCAGUUCCUGCCAAAGAUCGAUGGCAAGAAAAUGGCUGACACCAGUAGCAUGGAUGAAGACUUUGAGUCCGACUACAAAAAAUACUGUGUCCUCCAGUGAUGGCACCUCGACUUCCUUCAGCUAUCACUACAUCUGCUCUCUGCUCCCACCUGCUGCUCUGAGCAGGAAGCACCAGACGUAAAGAUAAUUCUGAAGAAUUCUCACAAACUGCUAAUGACUAGAGUCGAACUGUGGUAUCUGUCUUUAGAGAUGCGUCACAGCACUUUCACUUGAUAGCAAACACAAUUUGGUGCAAAGGUUUGCCAAGAUAACAAUGAAGCCCCAGUGAAAGCACUAAACUGGUGCACUUUGCUGAGCCCAGCAAAACAAACCCCCUCCUUCCCUCGUGAACAACCCUCGCCAUAACACACUUGUAACAUAUACUUGCAUACUAAAGCAUCUCUGAAUGUAUGCUAGUAUGGCCAAGUCAUGAAGUGAUGUUGCUUUGUUUUUGUGCAUUUAUCACUUGUAAUGUCAAAAUAAGAAAAAAAAGACACUUGGAGUUAUCAUAUGAUCUGAGCCUGGGUAUCUUACUGAGGAAGGAAAAUAAUGAGGCCACAGAAUAAAGUUCAGGUGUAAUUGCAAGGCCACUAAUUGGAUACAGGUUGGGUUUUAAAUGCCAAGUUUAACAGGGCCCAAAAGUUAAAGUACCUGUGCUGAUGUCAUAUCUGAUGCCACAGAAAAUUUGGUAUCUAGUAUACUGGAUACUGUGUCGGCUUUUAAUAAAUGGUUCUCCAAAGGUUUUCAUUAGUGAUAGUGUCACCAGGGAAAACAUAAGUCACAUGCUACCUCAUCGCUUCCUGCAGUCUGUCGGCCAACUGUACCCUAAAAGUCUGUGACAGUAUUAAUAAUUAUAAAUAAAAUGCUUCCUUCCAAUAUAGGAGCCAUGGUACACACAUUUCAGACCCCCACCCCCAGACUGCCAGAACUGUUUUUUAUUCUGCCAAAUAUCAAUGGUGAUUUGUGCAAUGUUAACCUGUGUGUACCCAUAACUUCUCUGAAACUCAAAAAGGUUGAAUAUCAAUUUCGGUUUGAUUAGGACAGAUGCCAUGAUUUCAAAACAGAGAUGCUAAAAGAAUAAUAUACAGUAUAUGUUUGAUUGUUUGAUUUUUAUUUUAUUUUUUUUUUUUGUGGUAAGGUGGGCAGGGUUGGGGGGGUUGUGAUUCUGCAAAGACGUUGUUUUAUAAAAGAUUUAUUUUAUUGUUGUGAUCUUCUUUUGUCAAGGCGGGAUUUAGUAGCCACUUCAGGUUGAGAAUGGCUGUUUAUCUUAAAGCUACAGCAGAGGCAUCAGGCUUUUCUUCAAGGCACCUUCACAACAUGAACUUUUCACCUGCUGCAUUUCCCAACCAUUGAGAUUCAAACUCAUCUGUAAUGGUAAUGUUUCUAUUCUCCCCAAUAUGAAACCAGACAAAUUUGGGCCAUUGAGGAUCACUUUGUUGUAGGUACAAAAUGAUUUUGCCUGUCAUUUUAAUGUUAUUGUUACUUACAGUAGUACUCCACCGAUUUAGCAUUUCACUCAGAGAGAUAUCCUUUUCAUGCCACACAUUCAUCCUUCUUGUCAAUACCUGGUGCUUACGUUAUCCAGAAUGCAUCUCAGUGGCUGACAGUUCAGUCGGAUGAUUUGGUGUUAGUAACAGAUAAAGUUUUAGUUGUUAACUUUUAUAAAAAAUAACUUUGUGUCAUAUUUGCUGAAACUGUCACUAUAUUCUGAGAGAUUUACAUGAGACUGCCAGUCUGUGAAAAAAAUCACUUCCCUCCUCCUCUUCCUACUGCUUCUAAUUUGCUAGAAUCUGCUGCAGCACACCGACAACAACCAGUCAGAGCCGAGGAGUCUCUUACACAGCUGUCAGUCAUGUGCUGGCUGUGUCACAGCUCGUGUGCAGUCAAACCAGGCAGAGCUGAUCAAAUAUGAAUCAAGAUGCUGUCACUGCACUGCCUAUCUCUCACCUCAGAUGUUUUCAGAAACAUAUUUUAGUAACUGUUUAUCAGUAAAAUGAAAAAGUUUGUGGCUGUACGGACCAGCUUUUUCAUUUUACAGCUUGACAGUAUAGUAAAAUAUGUUUCUGACAUUAUUUGAGGUGAGAGGUAGUUAAUGCAGUAACAGAAUCUUCAUUGAUAUUUGAUCAGCACUGCCUAGAAUAACAGUGUGACCGCAGUUCAUGAGCAGUGAUUGACAUGAUUAACAGCUGCAUCAAAGACUCCAUAAGGUUCAUUUAAAAAAUAGAUUUGUCUGUUCCAAACGUUGUAAACGCCACUGCUUUUAUAAGUCCAUCUGUCCUUUAUGAUGGCAUGGAUACAGUCAAAUGUCAGUAUUCUUUAUUCUUUAUUUGGAUCCCCAUUAGCUUCCACAAAGUGCUUGCUAGUCUUCCUGGGGUCCACUCACAAAACAACAUUAAAAGUACAUCAAUUUAAAAUCACACAAUAUCAGUGAGACAGUAGAAUUCAAUAUCAACCCAAAAUUAGGACAAAAACAGAGUAAGAAAAACAAGAUUGUCACAAACUUACUGCACCAAGUAAAAAAAAACCAAAAACUAAAAAAUAAUAAAAUAAAAUUCACAAAAAUGUUCCAGAACUGCCAUAACAAAAAUUACAUGUGAUUCAUCAAUUUUAGUUUUAGUGACUUCUUGAAGGAAUAUCUAUUUUUAAUCUGUCUAAUGCUGGUAGAGAGCAUAUUCCAAACUGAGACGCCUCUAUGACACUAUGCUUGAAUAAAAAAAAAGACUAGAUUUUAUUUUAGCCUCCACCUCCACAGUCAGCCAAGAUAGUCAAUUAUGCAUCUCAGUACGGAGUCAAAGGUUUCACACAAAAACAAACGAGGCAAUGGUGGAGGAGGUCAUAAUACUGUGCAUUUAAGUGGACUCAGCAUUGUAGAUAAUUGUCUGUGUGGCCAUUAUAUACAUCCUAAUAUUAUUUAUGUAUUACUGAUUAUUUGAAUGUCUUUGUUUUCUCCUAUGGUCAUAUUUCAUUUGAACUAUGCUACACUGCCUCCACAAUGUCUGGUGGUGCUCUGUCUCAUCCUUAUCCAUAAGCUUCCAGAAAACAUGCACAAAUACAGAUGAAAUGAAUGCAGAGUACAGACAGAAAGCUCUGUUCGUCUCGGUCUCUGUAUGUAACAUUGAGCAUAAAUAAGCCCUUAGCUGUCAUUGGUUGUUUUCAAUAGCAGUUGAAUAGGCUGGGGAAUAUAUUUUUUUCAGAUUAUCUGUCUCAUUUAGUGCUGUGUGAAUAUGGUGAUAGUUUCAGCAAAUAUAAAAGUUACCAACUACAGCUUUAAACAGCUACAGAGGUCUGGUAUCUCACUUCUUUCUAACUCCCCACCCCCAGAUUUUUUUCAUUUCCAUUAUCAGCCCUAACUAACGCUGACUCAAGUGACAUCACGUGAGGACAUUAUCAGACUUCACACAGCUUUUUUUCAUAUGCAGUACAACUCCAGAAAACACUUGCAAACAAAUUUUGAUAUGUUAAUCGAUGGAGUUUAACACCAGGCUGAGUGUUACUGUCCUCUCCAGUUCAAAGGUUGGAGCCUAUUUCUUGUACUUAGAGUCUCCUGUAAGCACACCCUGCAAUUAUGUCACAGUGUCCUGGCGUACACCUGUUCAUCACAGCAGCCAGGUGGUAAGUGAAACCACUGUGCAGAAAUCAGUUUGUGGGGGUGCUGAAUGAAUCCUUAAGGGCCACUCAUAAGACAUCUCAAUAUUGCUAUAAAUGGAGUCUGCACCUUGUGUUGAUUUUCAAGAUGGCACCCUGUUUAAUAUCUGUAGAAGCUUCAGUAACACUUGAUUUUAAGGGUCCCAAAGCUGGACUACCAACCAGGCAAAUUGGGCAGAUCCCCCAGUGUCCUAGAGCUAAUUUGGUGAAUUGUAUUUUUUAUUUUUAUUUUAUUUUUGUAAUAUCCACCAUUAAAGCCUUUAUUUAAACCAGAUCUUAAAGUCCUGUAUUUCUGGUUGGCACAGUACCCCAUAGGUGGGGGCCCAUAGCCAUAUUUUUGCCUUGGCACACCCUAGUAGGUUACUUUGGCCCUAAAGGCUCCCAUAGACACAAUCAUUUCCUAUAAAGGAAAUUAUAUGGAAGUGUGAAUCAAUGGAAGACUUCUAAAAGAAUUACAUAAUUUGGUGCUAAUUGCAGGGGAAACUGAGACAAUUCAGUUCCAAAAUGUUUCCUAAUUUAUUUAACAUUUAAUUAAAAUUUGGAUUGUUUUAAGGAGAUUCCUUGGAAAUCAGAAAUGCUGAAAAACUCUGUAAAUUCCACACCCAUACAAUAAAGUGUUACCAAAACUUCUGUCCUCAUAAACAGAAUCACUGAUAUCACAUAGUUUCAGUUUAUUGUUCAUUUAUUGUCCAACAGUGACCACAGCCUGUGAAAACCGUUGAGAGCUGCAGUGUGUGUCUGACUGUAGUCACAUCUGUAAAAGCUUCACACAUUACUGGACCCAACAUUUAGAGUUUCACUUGUUUUCUUUGUGCUAAGUCAAAUUAUUGGUUUUAUGUAAACCCAAUUCUGUUCCAGCUUUUAUCUGAAGGUUUGGCUUCUUGAUGUGACUGUUGAGCUUAGUCUGGCAGGUUUUGCUGUGUGGAGAACAGUGAUAGAGCUUUGUGUCUAGUGUGUAGCAGCGUGUAUGGAGCUCCUCCUGCGCGGGGCUCAGUCUAAUCACUGUGAAAAGACAGAAGACAGUCAGCAGCACCAUACUUUGUCUUUUAGAUGACAGGAGAUGGAUCUCUGCGCUCGCCCCUUUUAAGCUGCUGUAUUUUUGAGGAGAUAACGUCAUUGUGGAUGUAUUUAGGAGAUAACUAUCACUGAAUGAAACUUAUUUUUUCUUUGCAGAGUACAUUUGUUGAACAAAUGGAAACGAACAGAUGAGUGCUAUUUAUGUUUACUUGCUCAGUUCUUUUUGUCCUCUGCCCUCCUGCCUUUGCACUGAGCUGUAGACGAGGUCCAGUUUGUGUCUGUUUAAAACUUCAUCACAUGACUUAAAGGGCAAAUUUCCCUAAAGAUAGCGUCUUGAGAACCCAGUUUGUAAUGUUUGCUUCAUUUAAAGGUGCAAUAGCUGUCUUUUGUGGCUGUGAAUGUUCCCUCGCACUGUUGGACUACUUGUGUGAUGCUAAGCUUACCACACCUGUAGCUUAAACUGUAUUAGCAAAAUAACACAAUUUAAAUCCAGGAACAAAGAUUUUCUGCCCAACAGAAGUGAAUUUUGAUGCUGAAAUUGGGUAAACACCAAUCUUGUGAACCACGGGGAUAUUAUCUUAAGCCCCCCACCCCCACCCCAAACACACACACACACACACACACAGAGUAGAAUAGAGUGUUGGCAGGCAGUGCGAUCUACUACUGAGCUGUCUGUCAGUGUCUGUAGCCUGUUUUUAUUUAAGUUCAUUUAUGUUGGAUCUGAACCAGAUGUGUUAAUUUAAAAAACUUUUUUGUAAGCUGUUUGUUGAAAGAAAGUGACGUUGCACUGAUAUUAAAACAUGUACAUAAAAAAAUGUGUUUUGUAAAUAAGCCAAUGAAAAGUAUGUAUUUGAAUAUGAACUGUACAAAAUACUGUACUUGUAGUUGUAUAUGGAGUGAUACUGUUGAUCUGUAACAAAAUACCCAAGCAACAAAUUAAAUUCUGCAGAGGAAAUGA